UGGUCGUGGGGGUGCGGUCAGAGGACUCACAACCAGCACACGCGCAGGUGUUGGGCCAUAGUGUGUCUGCGGGCCACGGUGUCAGUGUGAGUUUGACAUGCAAACACCAGGCAGUGAUUUUAAUUAUCACAACUGUUGUGACGGCGUCUCAGUAGACAUGGUGGACACCCAGCAGCUCCUUGCCUGGCCCGUCGGCUUCAGCCUGAACACGGUGGACCUGCCGGAGCUGGACGACAGCUCCCACUCCCUGGACAUGAAGCAUUUGGCCACGUUGGACUACGCCUCCAUCUCCUCCUCGUCCGUCCCGUCCUCCCUGUCUCCCCCGCUUGUAUCCGCCAUCUCUUCCGCUCGCGUGGCCUAUGACCCCAGUCCGCCGCAGACUGACGAGCACCUGACCAACAUGGAUUACACCAAUGUGCAGAACUACAGGACGGAGUUGCACACGCACAGUUCUAUCAAGCUGGAGCCGGAGUCGCCUCCCCAGUACUACGACAGUCCAGUGUUCUCGAAGCUGCCGGACGACGCGUCGGCGACCGCUCUCAACAUCGAGUGUCGCGUGUGUGGGGACAAAGCCUCUGGGUUUCACUAUGGCGUUCAUGCCUGCGAGGGCUGUAAGGGUUUCUUCAGACGCACGAUCAGAUUAAAGUUGGUCUACGAUCACUGCGAUCUUCACUGCCGCAUUCACAAAAAGUCCCGCAACAAAUGCCAAUACUGCCGCUUCCAGAAGUGCCUGAACGUCGGCAUGUCUCACAACGCCAUUCGUUUUGGCCGAAUGCCUCAGGCAGAGAAGGAGAAGCUGCUGGCGGAGUUCUCUUCUGACAUGGAGCACAUGCACCCAGAGGCAGCUGAUCUGCGGACUCUGGCUCGGCAUCUGUACGAAGCCUAUCUGAAAUACUUCCCCCUCACCAAGGCCAAGGCCAGGGCCAUUCUCUCUGGGAAGACCGGAGACAACGCACCUUUUGUCAUACAUGACAUGAAGUCUCUAAUGGAAGGCGAGCAGUUCAUUAAUUGCAGGCAGAUGCCCAUCCAGGACCACCAGCAGCAGGCUGCCGUCCUUUCAGCUGGACUAGGAGGUGUUCACAUGGGUCCAGACUGUGGCAUGUUGGGAAUGGGUGGCCUUAGCAGGCAGGUAUCAGUAGACGCCGUGGAGCUACGCUUCUUCCAAAGCUGUCAGUCGCGCUCGGCGGAAGGCGUGAGGGAGGUGACGGAGUUCGCCAAGAGCAUCCCCGGAUUCAUCGAUCUAGAUCUAAAUGAUCAGGUAACCUUGCUGAAAUAUGGCGUGAUAGAAGUUCUGAUCAUCAUGAUGGCGCCUCUGAUGAACAAGGAUGGGACGCUGAUCUCCUACGGGCAGAUCUUCAUGACACGGGAGUUCCUCAAGAGUCUCAGGAAGCCGUUCUGUCAAAUGAUGGAGCCGAAGUUUGAGUUUGCCGUUAAGUUCAACACGCUGGAGCUGGACGACAGUGACAUGGCGCUGUUCCUGGCUGUCAUCAUCCUCAGCGGAGACCGGCCCGGCCUCCUGAACGUGAAGCCCAUCGAGCAGCUCCAGGAGAUGGUGCUGCACUCGCUGGAGCUCCAGCUCAAGCUGAGCCACCCGGACUCCGUGCAGCUGUUCGCCAAGCUGCUCCAGAAGAUGACGGACCUGCGCCAGAUCGUCACCGACCACGUUCACCUCAUGCAGCUGCUGAAGAAGACGGAGGUGGACAUGUGCCUGCACCCACUGCUGCAGGAGAUCAUGAAGGACCUGUACUAGAGCUCGGCGGCAGGAGGCCAGAAUACAGCGAAAACUAAAGAGGUUCUAUUUUUAAAACGGGGCUUGUGUGUUGUGAAAAGGGAGGCGAGCAGCCACAUGGGCCGACUGACUGAAAUUGAGAAAGAGAUGGGGAAGGAAAGGAAAUAAGAAACCCAGGAAAGAGCGACAGAAUCUUGUCUAGACAGCAGCAUGUGAAUGCCGUGUGGUGCACAGUCAUUCAGCCGCUGCUGAGCCUGGACAUUUUGCUAUGAGUCGGCUGCCAGCUAAAACGCAGAACUCCCGCAUCUUGCGCCAAUCACGGCGUGCGCCUGCGACUUACUGAAAGAGCGCGGGGGGGACUUUUCGAUCGCCGCCGCCGCCGCCGCGAGCGCGCGCGCCAUGUGCGCGUGGGCGAAACGUGUCACUGUGAAUCCCGCGCGCCACGCGUCGCGUAAGCGCAGUACAGGUAUGCGUGUGCAGCUCAUCUCCGCGCCGCGUCACGGCCGCCACGGGCAGCGGCCGCGUGUACAUGCUUCGAUACCUGCGCGAGCGCGUGAACGCGCUUUUUUUUUUUUUUUUUUUUUUUUUUUUUUUUUUGUCUUUGCAUCAGGGUGCAGGUGCGGUCCUACGCUCAUCAGCUUUGUGCGAAUCAGAUUAUUGCCUGUGACAUAUUUUAGCCUCGUUCACCAGCAGAAACUGUGAGAAUGCUGCCAAAAGCCGCGUCAAUACGAUGUCAGAGAAGUCAAACAGUAUACGCCAUGUUGUGCCUGAAAAUGUUGAUCUUUUAUGUCAAUGAAUGUCAUUAAAGAGAAAUGUUAUACAUAUGCAAUGUAUAAUAUAGAUUUGCUUCCUGUUUCUAUUACUGUGUUGUUUGUCUUCUGAUAAACUGGUUGGGUAAUAAUUUUUACAAUGAAAUUGUUUUGUAUCUAAGUGUCUACUGUGUCUGACAGAAGGAUUGGUUUAAUGGGAGAAAGAGCAGAGAUUUGUUGUAUUAAAGUAUUUUCGUAUUUUUA